GCCGACACGAGCGGUGAUCGCCAGAGCCCUGAGUUGCCGAAAGUUCUAGAAUCGCCGCGACUGGCGCACCGCGUUUGUGCCUGAGCUGUGCGUGCACGCAUCCGCGAUUUAGUAGAUCGGCGUUUGCGCUGCCUCGGUUCUAUCUCUCUGCGUGUCGCAGAAUCUUCGUUGUCGUUCGAAGCCAAGGGGAUCGUCUAGCCGUCGGCGACGAGGAGCAGCACGAUGACGGAAGGCGACGACCAUGCGGCUGCCGCUCAGGGCGAUCAGCAACAGCACGCGGAGGCGGUUGCCGCCGCCGGUCCCAAUGCCGUGGACAUUACGCCCGAGAAGAACGGCGGCGUGCUCAAGGAGAUCAUCACUCCCGGCACGGGCGACGAGACGCCCGGCGAUGGGUGCUCGGUCACCGUUCACUACACGGGAAAACUGGUGGACGGCACCGAAUUCGAUUCGAGCCGCCUGCGGGGCAAGUUCGACUUCAACCUCGGCACCGGGUCUGUGAUCAAAGCAUGGGAAAUCGGAGUCAAGACAAUGAAGAAAGGGGAGGUGGCCAUUCUCACCUGUGCACCCGACUAUGCCUACGGCGACAAGGGCAGCCCACCGAAGAUCCCGCCUAAUUCAACGCUCAUCUUCGAGGUCGAGCUGCUCGACUGGAAACUGGAGGACAUCAGCGUGGACAAUGACGGGAGUGUUCAGCGCAGGAUUCUUUCUGCUGGUCAACUCUACACGACUCCAAAGGAGGAAUCCACCGUAAGAGUCCACCUCAAGGGCCUGUACGAAAACCGUGUGUUUGAAGAGAGAGAUGUUGAGUUUGUGAUUGGCGAAGGAGCGGACCAUGGUGUCAUAAAGGGUGUGGAAGAGGGCGUGCAGAAGUUCAAGAAGGCGGAGAAGUCCCUUCUGCGGAUUGCACCCAGCAAGGCCUUUGGCGCAGCUGGCAACCCACAGUUCAACAUCCCACCUGAUGCAACGGUCGAAUACGAGGUCACCCUGAAGAGCUUUGAGAAUGUCAAGGAGUCCUGGGAGAUGGAUGCCCCAGAAAAGUUAGAACAAGCAGAGAUCUGCAAAAGCAAGGGCACAGACUUUCUCAAGGCUGAGAAGUACGAUUUGGCGCUGGGCAAGUAUCGCCGAGCGGUGACCCUCCUAGAGCACGACGCCCUCGAAGGUGACCUCAAGGAGCGGCGAAACGCUUUGCUCCUUGCCACCCACCUCAACAUGGCCCUGUGCCACAGCAAGCUAAACGACCCUCUGGAGGCCAUCCGUGCCUGCAACAGUGCACUCGGGCUGGAUCCCCGCUCCGAGAAGGCCCUGUUUCGCAGGGGACAGGCAUACAUUGCGACCAAUGAUUUCGAGCUUGCCCGCAAGGACUUUGAGGAAGUGCUGAAGAUAGACUCAAACAACAAGGCUGCCCGCAACCAGCUCAGCAUCUGCACUGUCAAGCUGAAGCAGCAGCUACAGAAGGAGCGCCAGAUGUACAAACACAUCUUUGAACGCAUGGCUGCCCAGAACAAUACUAACGCUCCACCUAGCGCUGCCAAGGAACCAGGCAAGGACGAUCCGCUGGAGCCAGGCGUCUGGAACCGCUCCGACGAGAACAGCCAGGAGGCCGCUACCCCGGAAGAGUCUAAAACAGCCAUCGAAGCCGACAAGGAAGUGCCGCCACCACCAGAAUCUGUCCCCGCAUCGACAUAGUGUCUGUCCCUUUCCAACCAGUCAGCAGCGCCACAUUGCGUGGCUUUCAAGCUUGUCCGAGAAAUGGAUGAAAAAUCAUCGUUUUGUUCCCUCUCUUUUUUUUUUUUUUCCUGUCCUGCAUUUUCGUGGCACCUUGGUUUCCUCGCCUCCAUGAUCGCUGUUGUCGACCGGUCGUGGCAGACUUGCAAGUCUAAUCAUUCCUUGUGUGUCCUGCUCGUUCAGGGGUGUGUGAAGAUCCUCCGAGCAUCAUUUCAGCCAGUGUUUUGAAUAAAGACUUGUUCGUACAGA